AUGUGUGGUCCCAAAGGAUCAGCAGUGGACAUGAACUGCAGCUACACAUACCCAGCUGAAGUGCAUGGAAAGGAAAAUAUAGUUCAGACAAAAUUCUGGUAUGUUGGAAGAAAAGAGGAUCUCCAAAGAAAAUCAUCAUCAUACGAAGGUCGUGUGCACUAUGACUGGCACUAUGACAGUGACUGCACUCUGAGAAUCACAGACCUGAGAGUGGAAGACUCAGCUGUGUACAAGUUCAGGUUCAUAACAAACCUUGACAAGUUUUCUGAUGCUCCAAAGCUUCCCUCUGUGUCAGUGAGUCCCUCUGCUGAGAUAGUGGAGGGAAGUUCAGUGAAUCUGACCUGUAACGGUGAGGCUAAUCCAGCAGCUACUUACACCUGGUUUAAGGUGAAUGAUCGUGACCCUCUCAGUCAGACACCACAGCUUAACUUCAGUUCCAUCCGGUCCUCUGAGUCUGGACAGUAUUCCUAUGCUCCAAAGCUUCCCUCUGUGUCAGUGAGUCCCUCUGCUGAGAUAGUGGAGGGAAGUUCAGUGAAUCUGACCUGCAGCAGUGAUGCUAACCCAGCAGCUAAUUACACCUGGUACAAGGAGAAUGAAGAACAGCCUCUUGGACCAGGCAGCAUAUAUAACUUGGCCUCCAUCAGCUCUGAAGAUAAGGGGAACUACUGCUGCAAGUCUGAGAAUAAACAUGGACAGAGCUCCUCAUUUCUGUUUAUCAGUGUCCAGUAUGCUCCAAAGCUUCCUUCUGUGUCCGGUAGUGUUUCUGGUGAGGGAAGUUCAGUGACUCUGACCUGCAGCAGUGAUGCUAACCCAGCAGCUAACUACACCUGGUACAAGGAGAAUGAAGACUCACCAAAAGCAUCAGGACAGACCUUCACCAUCAGUGAUGAUGGACAUGAACAGAGCGGGAAUUAUCAGUGUAAAGUCCAAAACAGCAGAGGACAUCACAGCUCCACCCUCCACCUGGUUGUUGUGCAAAUCAGUCCAGAAGAUCCCGGUAAAGCUCUUUAUCUCAGACUUCUUUCAUUUUUGAUGUGUUCUCUUCAUUUCAAACCUAUGUUCACUCAAAUGUUAUCAGUUUAAUCAGAUUAAAUUACGCAUACCUCUCUUUGGAGUAGUAAUGUUCUCCAUCCAGACAGCAAAAUUACUGAUUUGGUCCACAUA